AGGGUCUUGAAUUCUUGGAGUAGAUCGGUUUUGCUAGUUGUACGCUGUGAUUCGCGCAGCACGCCAGGCAGACAUUAUCCAAACGCGGCAAACCACUUCUGCUUCUCGCCUUUGAAAGUUUGUCCUGUUUGUCUGAACAUCGCCAUGGGCAGGAGCGACGAGAACGGCCGCAAGGCAGAGAAGAAGCGCCAGAGCAGCACCGAGGAGGAUUCGCCAGUGAAGCGCAUGAAGACCGAGGACGAGGAGGACCAAAAGGAUACCAAGUACAACCCAUACCUCGCCCACAUGGAGGACAAUAAGGAGUCUACAAACGGCGCCUACCACGCCCUCGUCCCAGGCUCCGCGUUCCACAGCUUCAAGCGCCGCCAGACGACCGCGAAGCAGGCCUCCGCCGCCGAGGAGGGCGACAACAACCCGUUUACGGGCAAUCCGCAUUCGCAGCAAUACUUUGGCAUUCUCAAGACCCGGCGCAACCUGCCUGUUCACAAGCAAAGGCAAGAGUUCCUCGACGCAUACCAGAGCACGCAGAUCCUCGUCUUCGUCGGUGAGACUGGUUCCGGAAAGACGACACAGAUCCCUCAAUAUGUCCUCUACGAUGAGCUGCCGCAGCUCAACAAGAAGCUCAUCGCGUGUACGCAGCCGAGACGAGUCGCUGCCAUGUCCGUGGCACAGCGUGUGGCCGACGAACUGGACGUCACUCUGGGCGAGGAGGUCGGCUACAGCAUCAGAUUCGAGGACAAGACGGGCCCCAAGACGGUGCUCAAGUACAUGACUGAUGGUAUGCUGCUGCGCGAGGCCAUGCACGACCACGAAAUGUCGCGGUACAGCUGCAUUAUUCUCGACGAGGCUCACGAGCGCACCCUCGCGACUGAUAUCCUCAUGGCGUUGCUCAAGCAGAUCGCCAAGCGCCGUCCAGACCUCAAGAUCAUCGUCAUGUCCGCCACGCUGGAUGCGCAAAAGUUCCAGCGGUACUUCUACGACGCGCCGCUCCUCGCCGUGCCUGGUCGUACGCACCCGGUCGAAAUCUACUACACACCCGAGCCGGAGAAGGACUACGUCGAGGCCGCGAUCCGGACUGUUCUCCAGAUACACGCUUCAGAACCCGAGGGCGAUAUCCUGCUGUUCUUGACCGGAGAGGAGGAGAUCGAGGAUACGUGUCGCAAGAUCUCGUAUGAGGUCGACGAGCUGAUCCGAGAGACAGACUGCGGGCCUAUGAGGGUAUGCCCGCUCUACGGUACGCUGCCACCGCACCAGCAGCAGAAGAUUUUCGACCCUGCGCCCGCGCCACUGAAGAAGGGCGGACGGCCUGGCCGCAAGUGCAUCAUCUCGACGAAUAUUGCCGAGACGUCACUUACCAUUGAUGGUAUCGUCUACGUCGUGGACCCUGGCUUCAGCAAACAGAAGAUCUACAACCCGCGGAUCAGAGUCGAGUCGCUUCUGGUCUCACCAAUCUCGAAAGCCUCGGCCCAGCAGCGUGCUGGUCGUGCUGGUCGUACGAAGCCCGGAAAGUGUUUCCGCCUGUACACCGAGAAGGCGUUCAAGGAGGAGCUUAUCGAGCAGACCUAUCCCGAGAUUCUGCGUUCGAAUCUGUCAAACACCGUCCUCGAGCUCAAGAAGCUGGGUGUUGAGGACUUGGUACAUUUCGACCUGAUGGACCCGCCGGCUCCUGAGACCAUGAUGCGAGCUCUGGAGGAGCUCAACUACCUCGCGUGUCUCGAUGAUGAGGGAGAGCUCACCCAGCUCGGCGGUCUGGCUUCCGAGUUCCCGCUCGACCCAGCUCUUGCAGUCAUGUUGAUUUCGAGCCCAGAAUUCUACUGCUCAAACGAGAUGCUCUCCAUCACGGCCCUUCUCUCAGUGCCACAGAUCUUUGUCCGGCCUGCGAACAAGCGCCGUGAGGCUGACGAGAUGAAGAACAUGUUCAAACACCCUGAGGGCGAUCAUCUGACGAUGCUCAAUGUAUACCACGCGUUCAAGGGCGAGGCUGAGCGCGGCGAGGACACGAAGCGCUGGUGCCACGAGCACUACCUGUCCCAUCGGCAUCUUUCGAGUGCGGACAACGUCCGCGCCCAGCUCAAGCGUAUCAUGGAGACACAGGGUCUCGAGCUCUGCAGCACGCCCUUCCACGACAAGAACUACUACACAAACAUUCGCCGCGCCCUGGUGGCAGGCUUCUUCAUGCAGGUUGCCAAGCGGGAGAAUAACAAGAUCUACCGGACCAUGAAGGACAACAACCAGGCCGUUAUGCUGCACCCCAGUUCUGUUUUGACGACAGACUACGAGUGGGUGCUGUACAAUGAGUUCGUCCUCACGACGAAGCAAUACGUCCGGACAGUCACUGGCAUCAAACCGGAGUGGCUCUUGGAAAUUGCUCCUGGCUACUAUGACAUCGACUCGUGGGACGGCCAGCCUGACGUCAAGCAGGCGCUCAAGUCAGUCGCCGACAAGAUGCGUCGCCGCGCAGCCAUGAAGGCUCGACCAUGAGCUGGACAUUGGAGGGUUCGGAUUUUUGAAUCUCGCACCCACAAAAUCCGCAGGCAUUGUUCUGCCGCAGGAUACUCACGCAUGUCGACCUUUCUGAGACCAACCACGAUCACAUGCAGAGAUUCUCGCUUGCGGAAAGCAUUCCGCUUGGCUGGACGCAUGGCCAGUGUCACGCAUUGUCUUGAAAGUCUGGAGCAGCAUCAAGUUUGCGAGCGUGCCAUGAGAUGCUCCACUCGCCAGCCGAAGCGAGGGAGGGCUGACCUCAUGCAUUGGUGAAGGAUGGCACCCAUCGGGAGCGCAGCGGAGUGGCGGCGGAGUGGCGCUUCCCGGCGGCAAAGGAGGACAUCCAAGAAUAGGUAAAUGUAGAGCGGGCGGUAUGUGGCGAACGGCAAGGAUGGUGGGUAGACACAGCCAGAAGGAAGAGACCGAGGUCAAUGACACAUCUAUCUC